AUGCUCCUUCCGUUGUGGGCUUUCUCUGCCGUUGCCGUCUCCCCUGCCAUCGCAGGCGGACUCGUCCUCGACUUUCCCGUCUCCAAACACAACUCUUAUCCCGUCAUCGAGGCAAAAAUAGGAACCCCCCCCAAGUCGUACCGCCUCCUCUUCGACACCGGCAGCGACGCCACCUGGGUCGCCAGCUCCUCCUGCACCCCCCAGGACUGCCCCAACAGCUCCGGCUACCAAAGGGUGCUCUACAAUGUCAGCGCCUCGUCCAGCGGCCUCCUGACCGGCCCGUCCUCCAGCAUCGGCUACAUUGACGGCGGCAAGGUCACGGGCCCCACCGCCAAGGACGUCUUCUCCGACGGCAAGAGCACGUGGGAACAGACCUUCAUGGCCGCCAACACGUCCACCUGGAGGAACCUCCCCGCCGACGGCUUCGUCGGUCUUUCCUUCCAGUCGUCCUACACGGAAGGCGGCAUCGAGACGGUCAUGCAUACCCUCCUGCCCAAGCUGAAGAAGCCCCGGUUCGGCAUGGUCGUCAACGGCAAGGAGGACACCACCCCCAACGGCGGGCUGCUCACCCUCGGCGACUCGAGGGAGAAGCGCUUCGUCAAGGGGCCCAUGGUCACCGUCCCCAUCGUCAAGCGCAACGGCCAGUUCGACAUGUGGCGCAGCACGACGCCCGGCAUGAUCAUCACCACGUCCGGCAGCAACACCCCCGGCAGGCAUGGGCGCCCCUCCUCGUCGGCCAGCCGCGUGUCGUUUGGCAGCAGCUCCGCCAUCUUCGACAGCGGCGCCGGAAACAUGUACGUGCCAAAGGGCACCAUCGAGGCCGUCUACGCGGCCAUGGGCUGGAACUACACCAAGCUGCUGACUCACGAGCACACUCCCCUCUGCAGCGAGUUCAACUCGUCUUGGUCCAUCACCUUUGAGUUUGGCCCGGACACCGCCGCUGUUUCCAAGCUCACCCUUACGGGGGACGAGCUGGCCCGGCCGGGCUUUGCUUACAGGCAGGACGCGUGCUUCCCGCCGUUUUUGGAGUCCAACGAGGACAACCUCAUGCUGAUUGGCACCCCGUUUCUCAAAAAUUUCUACACGGUCUGGGACUUUGGGUCGCAUGACCCCGCGGCGUAUAACCCGACCCUUUCGUUUGGCAAGCUCAAGGGGAACGCGUAA